AUGGCGGCGGACGGCGACUGGCAGGAAUUCUACGAGUUCCAGGAGCCGGCCCGCAGCCCCCCGCGCCGGGAGCACCGUCCCGCGGGCGCCGAGGCCGAGGCCGAGGCCGGGCCCGGGCCGGGCGGGGCGGGCGGCGGCCUCCCGGCGCUGGCGCGCAGCCUGGAGGAGAAGCUGAGCCUGUGCUUCCGCCCCGCGGGGCCGGGCGCCGAGCCCCCGCGGGCGGCCGUGCGGCCCAUCACCGAGGGCAGCCUCCUGCAGGGCGACGAGAUCUGGAACGCCCUGACCGAUAACUACGGAAACGUGAUGCCCGUGGACUGGAAGUCAUCCCACACCAGGACCUUGCACCUGCUCACUCUGAACCUCUCGGAGAAAGAGGUAAGUGACAGCCUGCUCUUGGAUCCAUCGGACGAGGAGGAGUUGAGAGAACAGCUGGACAUGCACUCGAUCAUCGUCUCCUGUGUGAACGACGAGCCCCUCUUCACUGCGGACCAGGUUAUUGAAGAAAUCGAAGAGAUGAUGCAGGAGUCACCUGACCCGGAAGACGAUGAAGCGCUCACACAGUCCGAUCGGCUGUCCAUGCUCUCCCAGGAGAUUCAGACUCUCAAGAGGUCCAGCACAAGCAGCUACGAAGAGAGGGUGAAAAGGCUCCCGGUGUCUGAGCUCAGCGAACUCCUGGAGGAAAUUGAGACCGCCAUUAAGGAAUACUCGGAAGAGCUGGUGCAGCAGUUGGCCCUGCGAGAUGAACUGGAGUUUGAAAAGGAGGUGAAGAACAGCUUCAUUUCUGUCCUCAUUGAAGUGCAGAACAAACAGAAGGAGCACAAAGAAACGGCCAAGAAAAAAAAGAAACUCAAGAACGGCAGCUCCCAGAACGGGAAGAAGGAGCGAAGUCACGUGCCCGGCACAUACUUAACAACAGUUAUUCCCUAUGAGAAAAAAAAUGGACCACCAUCUGUUGAAGAUCUUCAAAUAUUAACAAAAAUUCUUCGUGCUAUGAAAGAGGACAGUGAAAAGGUUCCGAGCUUGUUAACUGAUUAUAUACUGAAGGUUCUGUGCCCCACAUAG